UCCUACAUUUUGUAAGCUUCUUGAAGUUCCAGCAAAUCCUUAUAUAUCAAGUCCACCAAAAUCAACACAGAAGAAUAAGUUAAGUGAAGUUGGAAAAGAUAAGCUUGUGAAUACUUCUAGAAAAGAAAUCUCGCAGUCAACAUCAUUAAACAGAAAACGAGUAGAUAAUAUAAUAACCCUUGGGUCUUUUGAUAAAAUCAAUAAAUUUAUCAACUUCGAAGGCUCAUAUAUCCAAGACCCCAGUUUUAGCAGUUAAAAAUGGACCAACAGCAAAUUUCAAGUGUUAUUGAUCUAUUAAGUGACAGCGAAUCUGAUGAAGACACUAAAAAUACCACUCUUAAAAGUUCUUUUGGAAAUAAUAGUAAAGGAAAAAGUAAUAAAAUGGUAGAGAAAAUAUGUGUACCUGAAGAUUAUAAAUGCUUGAUGGGCAAAACCAAAGAUGAUGUUUUUGUUGAUAUUGAAGAUUGUUUAGGUGCUAUUUCGUUACGCACAUCAAGCCGAUCUUUCAAAAAUAUAUUGACUACAUACAAUGGUAGUAAUUGUUCAUUUCCUGCCGAUGAAGUUAUUAUUAUUGAUGAUGAUAUGAAUAUUAACGAAGAUAAUAGGACAACAAUGAAAUCGAAAGAGUUAUUAAGUAAAGUUGAAUCAAAAACCUUUCCUUCUACUGUUUCAAGUAAUUCAAAAUCAACAACACUUCAAUUGGAUGAAAAGAUAAAUAAAAAUGAUAAAACACCAUGGAAUAUGUUUGGAAAAGCCCAAAAUAUUUUAGAUGCUACAAAAAAACAGAGUCUUCAAGAUAGUGUAACGAAAAGUAGAACAAAUAGUAACAUAAAUGAUUCCAGCAACCAAAUCAAUAUAGGACCAGAUGUCGAUUUCGAUGAAUCGUUACUUGAAACAUUAUUGUCUACAUUGCAUAAUGGUCUUGAAAAUAAUGGCGAAUUAUACUCUUUUAAUAAUGAAGAAUUAGAUUUUUUCUUUGGACGUGAUUUGUUAGAUACUAAUGAAACGGAGGAACGUAUAGAUACAGUUUGUGUGGAUCAAGGUGAUUCUUCUGUAAGUGAAAGUGAUUCAACUAUUGGAGCUUUUGAUACCUGGGCUCAAAUUACUAGAGUACUACAAAGUUCAUUUACUUCAAAAGACAUUAAAGAUACCAAAGAAUCGAAGACUACAAACCAAGGAGUAAAUCACUUGAAAGAGAGUUUUUGUCCGUCUGAGGAAAUUGAUGACGAUCAAAGCUCUACAGUAUCAGUCACCGGAAUACCUGUUUUACAGGCUGUAAUAUCAGAGGUUAUGAGUAAAAUUGAUUUAGAUUGUGUUGCAUCUAAUAAAACCAUCACCCCACAUAAAGUACCUAUUACUGAUGUUGUUGAAAUAAGUAGUGAUGAGGAAGUGACUGUGGAUGUUCCAAAAUCACAUGCCUUAAGUGUCAAGCAAAUUCAAACACAAGAAAAAGAAGUGAAAUCCUAUAAAUUAAAAAAAGAAGAGGAAGAAAGAAAGCACAGAGAAAAUAACGAAAGAAAGAAAAAAGAAGAAAAUGAAAGAAAGAUAAAAGAAUUACAAGAAAAAAUGAAAAUAGAAGAAGAACGAAAACGACUUGAGAAAAUAGAAGAAGAAGGAAAGGAAAUGGAUAGCAUAGCAAUGGAAAAAAGGUUAAAAGUAUUUAACGAUAGGCUUAAAAAUGAUUUGGUAACUGAUGAAAAUAAUCAAUUAGCUAUGAGAGUAGUAGUUAAAGAGGAAACUGGUAAUCAUGAUUUAGAAGAUAUUAUUGAUGAAAUUAAUAAAAUAAAAAAUAAAAUUGAUGAAAAUAUUUGUAUAAAAAAUGAAUUUAGUGAAUGCAUUGGAUUUAAUGAAUAUAAUCCAUACAAUCCAUACAAGAAUUAUGGAGUUGUUCCGCCUGUACAUUUUAAGAAAAACAAUGAGCAUUUAGAAAAUGAUACAAAUAUAGAACAAGAAUUGAUUGAAAGUAGAAAAGCGCCUAUAAAUGAUGAUUUUGAAACAUUUGAUCUAAGAGAACGAGGAAUAGAGAAGUGUAUGGGAUCUGAAGGAAAACCCUCUAAAGAAGUAGAAACAAAUUCAACUGAAGUUAAGAUUAUCAAUAGGACCAGGGGACUAAAGGUUGAAGAAAAGCUUAAAGAAUCAUAUGUUUCUAAAAAUAUGUCUACUAAACUACGACCACAAAUAAAAUCUUCCGGAUCCUCGUCAUCUAGUGCAAGUCCAACUAGUCUCGAGAAUCCAUCAAUUCCUAGUUAUGAGUAUAAAAAACAAACUAGGAAUACAGAUGAUAAUAGUAAACGGAACAUCACUUCAAACACAUUAUAUGAUAAUAAGAACAAUACAGAUAUAAACAUUGACCCUAGUGUCAUUGUGAGAAAAGAAAAUUUGAAUCGUGAAGUUAUUGGUAUUCCAAGAACUCGUACUCGUCCAUCAUCAUUUAAACAAAAAAUAAUUUCGGAAACUACAUCUUCAAAGCAAGACCAAGAUAAUGGUGCAGCAAUCAUUCCAAAAGAAACUGUAGGAACAACGACUAUCGUGUCAACUUCUACACACCCCGAUUAUCAGACCACAAGUUCAAAAACCACCCCCAAAACUAUUUCCAAUAAAAAUAUGAUUAAUGAUAUUAAUUUUGAUAAAAUAUUGGUAAUCCCUGUAGUAAUGUUAUCUACAAGUCAAAUUAAACUUCACAAAGUAUAUCAUCGAUCAGUUAACAACUUUAUAAAGCAAAAAGAUAUUAAGCCAACACAUGACCAAAUUCAAAAACAAAUUGUUACUACAACCCAGUUGGAUAAGCAGCCUCCUAAGAAACGAGGCCGCAAACGUCGAAUUGACAUUCAAAAUGAAAAACAAGAGUCUUAUAGCAGAAAUAAAACAUCUCAAAAUGUGGCAAUAAAUAACACAUCAAUAAAGGAGGCAGAACAUCCAGCUAAAAGACCUAGAAUGAGUCUUAAGUUAUGUAAUUGUGAAAAUGAUUCAGUGAACAAGUAA